UUCCCUCUGUGUUUUUCUCCAGAGACUUCCAGUUUUUGAACACCACAGUGUUCUUACCUACUGGCCCUCCACCCUACAAACACGAACAGAGAGAAGCACAGUCUGUUGGAUUUCCAGACGCCAUGUUUCCUCUCCGUGUACCCCUGUUGGCCGUAAUGGUCAGCCUGGCCCUCUGCCAGUAUUAUGACUAUGACUACCAGCCUUACAAUUUGCUUGGGCCCUCUGGCCCCAACUGUAAUCAAGAGUGUGAGUGCCCAAUAAAUUUCCCCAGCGCCAUGUAUUGUGACAGCCGCAAGCUCAAGUUUGUUCCCAUAGUCCCGACAGGGAUCAAGUACCUGUACCUCCAGAACAACCAGAUUGAGGAGAUCAAGGCAGGAGUGUUUGAUAAUGUUACUGCUGACCUCCGUUGGCUGGUACUUGACAACAACCAGAUCACCAAUGCAAAGGUAGCAAAGGGUACAAUCGACAAACUCACUGGCCUGGAGAAACUAUUCUUCAGCUACAACAACCUCACAGAGCCUGUCAUCCCUCCCUCAAAGUCCCUUGAUGAGCUGAAGUUGAUGCACAACCAGAUGAACAAGUUCCCCUCUGGUCUCUUGAACGACAAGGAGAAUUUGACCUCCAUUAACGUUCAGUUCAAUGAGCUAACCAGCGAAAGCAUCUCAGGGGCAUUCAAAGGACCGAAGAAGCUGCUGUCCCUGGAUGUGAGCCACAACAAGCUGAAGAAGCUGCCAGCUGGAAUCCCCAGUUCACUGGAGAUCCUCUAUGCUGAUUACAACGACAUCGACAGUAUUGGAGCAGGAUACCUGAGCAAGCUGCCAUCACUGCAGUACCUGAGGAUCUCCCACAACAAGCUGGUGGACUCUGGAAUUCCUUCUGGAGUGUUCAAUGUGUCAUCGCUGGUGGAGCUCGACCUGUCUUUCAACAAGCUGCAGUCCAUCCCGGAGAUCAACGAACAGCUGGAGCAACUCUACCUCCAGGCUAACGAGAUCACCAAAUUUGAUCUGGCAAGUUUCUGCAAGUUCAUUGGGCCGGUCCACUAUUCCCGUCUGAAGCAUCUGCGUCUGGACGCCAACAACAUCACACACAGCAGCAUGCCUCCUGACUCCUCCAACUGCCUGCGCCAAGCUUCGGAUAUCAUGUUUGAAUAAGGACCUCUUUCCAUGACCCCAAUUCUACAACCACAGCUCACCCCAAAGCCUUGUGGAUUUAAAUGUCAUAACAUCCCUCUUUUCAUAGUACUCACAUGUCAUGUCAUGCACUUACUGACAUAUCAAGUAGUAUGCAAAUCAGGGGUAUUGUAAUGGCAUCAAUAAUAAAUCAAGAGCUGGGCAAAUUUAAGGUACAAUUGAUAGCAUAACAAGCUAUCAACCAUUUUGCAAAUCCUUUUAUGACAUCUUUCAAACUAUCAAAUCAAUUUGUAAAUUCAUCAAGCAUCUUACAUGUGCUCCAAAAAUGUGGCUCUUGAUAUUUGUAGAUACAUGAAGGCAAAAAAUAAAUUUAAAAAAACAAAAAAAUGCUAUAAAAAAACAUAAAAAAGUAAAUGACUAAAGGUUAAAUAACUAAAUGCUUUGAUUAAAAAUGAAACACACACUUCAAACAUUCCAAGCUGACAUUAUGUUGAAUACAGGCACAAUGGAGUAAACAAUGAAUGAAGUUAGUAUCUCCAGUGUCUCAAUUAUAGCGUCAUUUUGUUGUGUGUCUUGUAUGUUCCAGUGUUUAACAUGUAUGAUAUAAUGUGGGUACACUAAUUAAUCCAUUGCUGUGCAAAGGACCAGCAAGAAAAGAUUGUGUACUCAGAUUUCAGUGUAUAAUUCCUAAUGUGAGAAAUAAUGAACAAAUUGUAAAAUAGCAGUUACAUUUUCAGUAUCAAAAUGCUUUCAAGGAAAAUACCAGUGUUUUUAACAUAAGUCUGUCAUUCUUAGGCUACCUCAGACUCAUAUACAGUAAGUGGUGCCUUUAUGCAAAUAGAGUGAUGUCCCACUUCUUUGAUUAUCUAAACCAAUUCUCAACUUAUAAAUAUCCACUCCCUUCAGAGGAAUACCUUCUUCAACGUUCAAUAACUUAAAGCCCCAGUUGAGUAAGACUUAGGUUUUAAAUAGCCCUUGCAGCAUUAAAAAGUAGAAUAGAUGAUACAAGAAUGAAAGCCACUGGUAUUAUCCUUGAAAUUACUAUAUAUAAUAUUGCUGUUGAAACCGUUAAAUGACAAGAUUAUGUUUUUUAGAAAUCACGAGUCAAAUUGUUUCUUUUCGUUACCUAAUUCCUAGCUGUCCGCUGUCAUGCGCAUCGCUGAUUUGUAUACAACAUUUGCAUUACUUGCAUGCAUCCAAUGGAAACAUUCUUUGAUAAUAAACUACAGCUUUUGCAGUUAAGGUGCUUCCAUUGUUACGUUGUUGUUUAACAUGUCUGAUAAAUGCUUUUGAACAAUACAUAGUCAACUUGACAGCAGUGACAUGCUGAUUAAAUGGUGUAGCUAUGUUAUUAGAAUAUCACAUUUUGUCUGGAUAAUUUUAAAUUUUAUCGUGAUUUCUUUUGUGGCCUUUGAAUCAGAAACUGCUCAUGAAUUUACUAUGUGGAAACCAAAACACAGUUGAAUAAACUAUGUUUCCAACAUA